GCGAGAUCGCUUACAUCCGGACGGAUUAGGAAAGAGGAAGGACGUCGUGGUCCUGACAGAAACCAGCGCCGACGUGUUUGUCUGUUUAUAGCCUUAACACUUAUUUCAGCUUCGACAUGAUUAGAUGAGCAGUUCUUCCGAGCAAAAUAAAUAAAUGAAUAAAUAAAAUAAAUAUUAUUAAAACAUAAGCGUAUAAGUUAGAAGUAAUAAAACAAGCCCUGAACGGAAGCGCGCAGGUUUAAGGCAGCAGGAUUGUCAUGGAUAAGUCGAAGAACUUUCGGAUCGAUGCUCUGCUGGCGGGAGAGUCCCAGCGGAGGAGAAGUCGGGACUCUGAUAUACUCGAUGUUGAAGCCACUCUGUGCAAGCGAUCAGACAGCUCUCCGAUCCGGAGCAGCUCCAGUGUGCUCCAGCAGCAGGCAGGAAUCGUGCCCAAACCCGGCCUGCUGUCCAUCCCUCACCCGGGACUAAGCGCGUUAUCUCAGGGCUCGAUCGCAGGGAUGUACCCGGGCCCGGUGUGCUCUCUGAGUGCGCUGGGAGCGCAGCAUGCCGCGUUCCCCUAUCCCGCCUUCACUCCGCCGCAUCCCGAGCAGCUGAAGGCCGCCGCCGUGGCGGGACAUUUCCCCUUCGAGCAGUGGAUCCGCGCCGGCAUCAUGGUGCCGCGACUCGCCGACUUUAACGGCUCUCCUCAGUCAGGCCUGAUGGGAAAAUGCCGUCGACCUCGAACUGCUUUCACUAGUCAGCAACUACUGGAGCUGGAAAACCAGUUCAAACUGAAUAAAUACCUGUCGCGACCCAAACGCUUUGAAGUGGCCACUUCGCUAAUGCUGACUGAAACGCAAGUGAAAAUCUGGUUCCAAAACCGACGGAUGAAAUGGAAGCGCAGCCGAAAAGCCAAAGAGCAGGCAGCACAGCUGGAGGCUGAUGGCAAUCAGCAGGCGAAACGCUCCAGCAAACCCGGAGACCCUCGCCGCUGCAGCACACAGGACGACGAUGAGGAGCUGGAAGCUGAGGAGGAAGAGGACGAAGAUGAAGGCUUCGGUGGUGCUCUAAACGGCAGCGUGGGCCUGCCUCACUCCUCAGACUUUCUCCAGCACAGCUCCGAGUUGAGCUACAGCUCUCAUAGCUCUUACUCAGACGACGACCUGGAAGAGAUUGGAGCUGACCGGAAGAUUGGAGUAGGGCUAUGAAGAUGCAGUGUAAUUAUGAGUUAUUUACCCAUUGUGUAGUCCAACAGCUUGCUGCAUCCAUAGCCUUCAUCAGAGACUUUGUACUUACAAAGACUGAAGCCAUGCACCAAAAUCUCUAUCUCUUAUUUAUCUAUGUGGCAGCCUUUAACUUAUAAACUGCUGUCUUGUCCCAAGUAGGAAUGUUUCUCUCUGUAAAAAUGUCUUUGUCCUCUGUGUUCGGGUGAGUAUUUUGGGAUAUGCAACCUGUGUUUGAGUAGUAGAACCAAAAUUUCUACUGCAUGCAAUCCAGAUGCUUACUUUUGUACAUUGAUCUGUACAUACACGUGAACAAAAACAUGUGUAGCUAUGAACUACACUGUGCUCAAUGUGAACGGAGGGUUACUGUGUGAUGCAAAGCUUUUGUUACACAGCAUUUUUCUCAGAAUCCGUUGACUGAAUAACACAGCAGAACUUGUAAAUCCUCACCAAUUAUAGAGAAACAGGAGCAAAAAGUGGAGCGAUGUGUUAUUUAGUCAUUAGUCUUUGUCAUGUUUGUUAUUGGUGGUGUUGUCCUUAAUGGUAUUUAAGUAUUAUAGAUUAUAUCUAAUUUAUUCAUGGUAAAAUGUACACAGUGAAAAUUCACAGCAAAGAAAAUGUCUCUGUUAAAUUAAAAGCAAAAAAAAUAAUAAACUGUAAAAAUUA